AUGACUGUUGAUCAAUCUCCCUCACACAACCUUGUUCUGGGCACCUUCAGAUGCCUCAUUGCUGACCUUGUCCAGCAGUACGGCGGCGGCCAUCCCGGCGGCGCUAUGGGCAUGGCUGCCAUGGGUAUUGCUCUGUGGAAGUACUCCAUGAGAUAUUCUCCGAACAACCCCGACUUCUUCAACCGCGACCGGAUUGUUCUGUCCAACGGCCACACGUGUCUGUUCCAGUACGUGUUCUUGCACCUGACCGGGUACAAGCACAUGACUAUGGAGCAGCUCAAGACGUACCACUCCACGCGGGUCGACUCUUUCUGUCCCGGCCACCCCGAGAUCGAGCACCCUGGAAUCGAGCUGACCACCGGGCCGUUGGGCCAGGGAAUUGCCAACUGCGUUGGACUGGCCAUUGCGUCCAAAAACCUGGCCUCUCUGUACAACAGGCCCGAUAUCGCGGUGGUGGACAACACCAUCUACUGCAUUGUCGGCGACGCCUGUUUGCAGGAAGGUGUUGCUCUGGAGGCGAUCUCGCUGGCCGGCCACUUGGGACUGGACAACCUGGUCGUUCUGUACGAUAACAACGAGAUCACGUUUGACGGCAGCGUUGAUCUGACCAACACCGAGGACGUGAACAAAAAAAUGGAGGCAAGCAACUGGGCAGUGCUCGAGGUUGAAGACGGUUCCGACAACGUCGACGGCAUUGUCGACGCUAUCAGCAAGGCCCGCGACAUCAAGAAGCCCGUGUUCAUCAACAUCCACACGGUUAUUGGCAUUGGUGCCCUCAACGAGGGCCAGUCGUCCGCGCACGGCGCGGCUCUUGGCGUUGACAACGUUGCGCAGCUCAAGAGAAAAUGGGGCAUGGACCCAGAAAAACACUUCAACGUGCCAGACCAGGUUUAUCAGUUCUUUGCCGAGUGUCCAGCAAGAGGCGAGCAGUACGAGGCCGAGUGGAAUGCCACGGUUGCCAAGUAUACUGAAAAGUAUCCGGACGCUGCUGCAGAGUUCAAGCGCAGAGUGGCCGGAAAGCUGCCUUUGGAUUGGAAGAGCUACAUCCCUAAGGAGUACCCAGCCGAGCCUACUCCAACACGGAAAUCCAGCGGCUUGGUGAUGAGUCCUCUGGCCAAGGCGGUGGACACUUUCUUUAACGGCUCGGCCGAUUUGUCUCCAUCCACCUUUGUUGGCUGGUCAGGCAAAGCAGAGUUCCAGAACCCGGCCGUGCAACCAAAAGCAGGCGACAAGGGAUCCUACUCCGGCAGAUACCUCCAUUACGGUAUCCGGGAGCACGGCAUGGCGGCAAUUGCGGCGGGCAUCUCUGCCUACAACAAGGGAACGUACAUUCCAGUGAUUUCCACGUUCUUAAUGUUCUAUUUAUACGCUGCUCCCGCCGUGAGAAUGGCUGCUCUGCAGGAGCUCCAAAUGGUCUGUGUUGCCACGCACGACUCCAUUGGCACGGGCGAGGACGGGCCAACGCACCAGCCGAUCGCGCUGCCUGCGUUCUUCCGCGCGCUACCAAACACCCUGUUUGUGAGACCGGCCGACUCUGAGGAGACUGCUGGCGCAUGGGAGGCUGCUGUCAACUUUACUCACGGACCAAGCGUUAUCUCGUUGUCCAGACAGUCUCUUCCUCAACUCAAAGGCCUCACCGACAGAGCCAAGGUCAGUCUGGGAGCAUACGUGGUGAAACCGGUGUCGCAGCCAGACCUGCAACUUUUUGCCAGCGGCUCGGAGGUGCAUCUGGCCCUUGAAGCUGCCGAGAAGCUGGAAACGGCCGGAAUCAAAACCAGAGUGGUCAGUUUCCCGUCAACCAACCUGUUUGAGAAACAAAGUUCCGAGUACAAGGCUCAGAUAUUGCUCCGUGGAAAGAUCCCAUCCGUUAUUGUUGAAACUUAUGCCGUCAACGGCUGGGAGAGAUAUGCUACCGCUGGAUACAGCAUGAAAACGUUUGGCAAGUCGCUCCCAGGAAAAGACGUGCUGGAAUACUUUGGCUUCUCCGCCAACGAGGUGGCUACCAAAGUGGAGAAGUACUACAGAUCGGUCACCAAAGAGUCCAUGUGGACGUUCCAAGACCUGAACUAA